AUGUUACUGCUUGGCUCUGUUGAGCUCUUGGGCGAUAUGCGUAAAGGAGUGGCAAAGUUUGAUGCAUCAGCAUUAGUGAGUCUAUGUAAAGAGAGGAAGGAGUUUAUUAAAGCUGCUAAGUAUUGUAGGUUUGAUUUAGUUUCAUCCUUUGUGUUGUACUUAGAAUCCCUUUUGGAGUUAGGCAAUGCCCUCAACAAAUAUGUGGAACAAGAGUUGGUGAUCCUUGAUGAUUGCUGUGCCCAAAUUUCUCUUUCUGAUUUUGAUCCAUGCGAAGAAAAUUUCCACUUGGGAUUUCCCUCCUCUGACUCUGACUCUGAUUUGCAUUCGCUAUUUAAUCACUCCCAAAGUGAAGAGGAAGAGCCAAGAGGCCUUAAUGAUACCCCAGAAGUGCAUGAUAAAUGGCACACUUGUAAACACCAUUCUGCAGCAUAUGUAAAAAAUAGAGGGAAGACAAGAGAUAAGAGUUCAAAUCAAGAAUGGUCUCAUUUGUCCUAUAACAAUCCUCAUCGUGGCAAUCAAGACAAUACUCACAUUCAUGUGGACAUGUCAUGUGAUGAUCUUGGACAACAUUUGCAUAGUCAACCAAUGUCAUUUGGCAAAAGAUGGGAAACUGCAAAAGGUGAUCAUUGGUUUCCUCAGCACAUGAAUCAUAACUCUUUUGAAGGUCCAAUGUCUUUUCCCUACAACAAUGAUUGGUAUGCACAUCAUGGUACCGAAGUAUUUCCAAUAGCUGUGUCCCCUAGUUAUGAUGAAGUGUCCCAAAAGCAUGGAAUUGAGCAAAAUAAUCCUACUACUGUCUUAUCUACUCCUCCUCCACCUCAAGUCUCUACAUGGGACUUCUUAUAUCCAUUUAGUAUGAAUUAUGAUGUUCCUUAUGACCACGAUUGCGAUGUGAGAGAAAUAAGAGAAAGAGAAGGCAUUCCUGAUUUAGAAGAUGAAAGUGAACAAGGUCUAACUGUGUCAGAUUUUAACCAGAAGGAAAUUGGAAGUGGGAUAAGGCAUGACUCAGGUAGUGGAAAUGUUCCACAGUUAAAUGCUAAUGAAGAUGUGCUGUCAACCAAAUGUAAAGAGCUUGAGGUUAGGGGAAAAACCGCUGAGAAAGAAAUCAAGUGUAGCUUGGAGUCUAAGGCGCCGGAAGUCAUAUGGUCUGAGGCAGUAGAAACAACAUCAGAGAGCUGUGAAUCACUUGGAGUCUGUAUUGGAAGAAUGAGUCUUAAGGAAGCAAUAUUGGAUAUAAGGAAUGAAUUCAAAUAUCUAUUUGAUAGUGGUAAAGAAUUCUCAUCAGUUAUUGAGGUGGGCAAGCUGCCACAUCUUUCUAAAAGCUUCAAAUUAAAGGGCCUUCCAUCUUCUAGAGCAAGGCUGUUGUCCAAUGCUGACAUGCGAAACAAUCAAGAGCAUGUUUGUUGUGAUCUUUCGAGUACUUUGGAGAAGCUUUAUGUGUGGGAAAAGAAACUUUAUCAAGAAGUAAUGGGUGAAGAAAAACUUCGAAUUCCCUAUGAUAAGAAGUACAAGAGGCUAAAAGAAUUGGAUAGUAGAGGUUCUGAGUCAGAUAGGAUUGAUGAAACUCUUGCUUCUAUCAAACUUUUACAUUCAGAAAUAAAUGUAUCUGUUGCAUCAAUCAGUUCAAUAUCAAGAGAGAUAAAUGAGCUAAGAGAUAAUAAGCUGCUUCCUGAAGUAAACAAAUUGAUUGAAGGAUUGAUGUAA